UCCACAGGUUGGGGGUGUCCAAAUACUUGUGUGGCGUUUGUUUGACGCGACACUCCCCCCUGGUCGAUGGGAGGCCGACGUCACCCUGGCAGCGGAGGAGUGGAUGGCCUCUGUAAUAAAAAUACAUGAAGAGAAUUGAGGAAAAGGAGAAGAUUGGCCGAGUGAGGAGGGGAGAAAGAGGCAACAACACGGCACGUUGAUUCCUUUUUCUCCUCACCAUCCAGCUGCCGAGCCCCGCGGACCAGAGCGCCUUUUAAACGCCGAGCUGGGAGCUGUUUUUUCCCCCGCAGGCGUCGACAGCCCCGGGCCGGGGAAUGCUGUGUUAUGUGCGACUUUCUUGGUUUUUUGAGCAGACACACACAAAGAUAACUGUACUGUAUCCCAGCCUAGCGGAUUGGAGUGAAAGUCCGCCAUAUUCUGCCUUACCACGCCCGGGAGUCGAGCCACUGGAAAAUAAACGGACAGCUUUAUAUUCAUGGCUUUUUCUGCUCUCCCACAUCCACUCACUUGAACACGGAGGAGGUGGAUUUGGUCGAUCGGGGGAAAAUAUCAACAUUGGCAGACUUUGAGGAGAGCUUGUUGGCCGGGUGCUCGGAUGACAAUGCUUUAACGAGAUCUCGCAGAGGAUGUGUCUUAAAAGGAUCUGUUGAUCAUAUUGAGACGGAGGGGGGGGGAAAGCAGAUUACAUCAAUUAAGAUUGCACCGAUAUCCAACAAGAAAACCGCUUUGGACGCUGGUUUAUUUUUUUCCUCUCCAAUCCGUCCGGAGGCCCCCCUUUUUAAAAAGCGAACCGAAACAAGGGGGAGGGGGGCUCAGUAAUAUCUGUAGAUAUCUUAAAUUCUCCUAUUUUUGUCUCAAUCUGUGCGCCGCUCGGGCUCAUUAUAAAGGGCGUCCACGCGUUAUUUCACCACAACUAGGCCUGUAUGAGGACGUUAUUUGGCAUUCACAGGCCUCUGGGGUGUUUUUUUCCUUUCACCCCUGACGAAUCUGAAAUCUGGAUGAAUCAGUAAAGAGGAAAAGGCGAAAAGAAAAAGUGAGUGACUGUGUUUAAAGACAAAAAAAGGAGAGAGAUGACCCUGGAAUCCAUAAUGGCGUGUUGCCUCAGCGAGGAGGCGAAAGAAGCCAGGCGGAUCAACGACGAGAUCGAGAGGCAGCUCCGUCGGGAUAAGAGGGACUCACGCCGGGAGCUGAAACUGUUGCUUCUCGGCACUGGAGAAAGUGGGAAGAGCACAUUCAUCAAACAGAUGAGGAUUAUCCACGGCGCCGGUUACUCCGAUGAGGACAAAAGGAGUUUCACCAAACUGGUCUACCAGAACAUCUUCACUGCCAUGCAGGCCAUGAUCCGAGCCAUGGAGACGCUCAAGAUCCCUUACAAAUAUGAGCACAACAGGGGUAACGCCGCCAUUGUGAAAGAGGUGGACGUAGAAAAGGUCACCAUGUUCGAGAACCCUCACGUAGCUGCAAUCAAGAGCUUAUGGCUCGACCCGGGCAUCCAGGAGUGUUACGAUCGAAGGAGGGAGUACCAGCUCUCAGACUCCACUAAAUAUUACCUGAACGCGUUGGACCGGAUCGCAGAAGCAUCCUAUCUUCCCACCCAGCAGGAUGUGUUGAGGGUUCGAGUCCCUACUACGGGAAUUAUUGAAUACCCGUUUGACCUGCAGAGUGUCAUAUUCAGGAUGGUGGAUGUCGGAGGUCAGAGGUCAGAGAGGAGGAAGUGGAUCCACUGCUUUGAGAACGUCACAUCCAUCAUGUUCCUGGUAGCCCUCAGCGAGUACGACCAAGUUUUGGUGGAAUCAGAUAACGAGAACCGGAUGGAGGAGAGUAAAGCUCUGUUUAGGACAAUAAUCACAUACCCCUGGUUCCAAAACUCCUCCGUCAUUCUGUUCCUCAACAAGAAGGACCUGCUGGAGGAGAAGAUCAUGUACUCUCACCUGGUUGACUACUUUCCAGAGUAUGACGGUCCGCAGAGGGACGCCCAAGCAGGGCGAGAGUUUAUCCUCAAGAUGUUUGUGGACCUGAAUCCAGACAGCGAUAAGAUCAUCUACUCUCACUUCACCUGUGCCACUGACACAGAGAACAUCCGAUUUGUCUUUGCGGCCGUCAAAGAUACCAUCUUGCAGAUCAACCUAAAGGAGUACAACCUGGUGUAGAGCCGAGCAGGGCUUCCAGCAGCAGGCCCUCAGCACACACUGACUGACGCAAUCUGUGAAAAGAUAGAUCGUAUACACACACAUUAAAAAAAAAAAAAUCUGAGAAAAAAAAAUCUAAUGGUUGCAUAAUACUAAUUUAUUUGCCAUUUGUUGACCUCUUGGUCCCCAAGAGAGAGAGGGGGGAUUAAUGUUGUCUUGCUAUUUAAGGAGUUGAUGAAAAUGGGGAGACAGGGCAGAAUAUUUGCAAGGGUUGUGAAGGAGCUGGAACGGAGGCAGCGUUUGCUCCGUUCCUCCUGCCUUAUUAUACACGAGAAGUAAAAAAAGCUCUCAUUCUUUUUUUCUAACCCUCCCUCCUUACCUGUCGUUUCAUUCUAAAGCUUCACCGUGGGCCGUUUGUCCCCACAAGGAAUAUAUCACAUCUCUAAUUGACAGCUUCCUUUUCCUUUAAUAGACUGAUUGGCAAGUAGUCAUGAACUGUGCUUUUUAAAUUAUUUCAAAUCAAUUUCAUAUUGAUUGAAUUUAAUCAUUCUUAUUAUUGCAUUACUUUGGUACCAGUCAAUGAGUAGAACAUGUGUGACUGUGGAAGCACAUUCUCCAUAAUUUGAAGGGUCACAUGUUGAGCGAUGAUAGCUCUCUGCCCUCAACAAUAGCCGUGAAGUUCAGAAAUGUGAGAGAAUUCGGCUUCUGAGCUUUGACCGACAAGGUGAGGAGGCACGCAGACAUCCGUCAUGUCAGGGUGAAUUAUGAUGGAUAGCAGUCACUUUACACAGACUGAAGGUAGGCGAGGAGGUGGUAAUUUAUGAGACAAUAUUAUUAAAUGAUUCUGUUCAACAGUGCCACAUUAGCGCUUUUUAUUAUGGUAAUAUGUAUAUUUAUUGCCAAUGCCAAAACAACUCAAGCACCAGACUCCACUUUGCAUGUUAACUACUUCAACAUGAAAUAAAAAAGUGUUGAGGACAGGACAGGGCUACAGAAGGAACUGAGUGACCGACGUUAUCAACUCGCGUAUCCAUCCUCCUGCUGAUUCCUGCAGUUUUGGAAGUAUUCAUUCAACAAGGUCGACAGUAUUCUUCCCACUGAGCACUGGGGACUGAUUUAAGCUAGAGGAGGCAGCCUACCAGCGCAUCGAACUGCUUGAACUGUCCAAUCACAACCUUGCGCAUGGCUACAAACCCCUCCCCUCCCACCUGCGGACUAUCCAGUCACAUUUUAGCUAUGUCUUUGUAAUUGUCCAAUCACAGCCCGGCUGUCUUGACUGUUGUAGUUAACUAGCAGUGGAGAAUAAAUUUGGCUAGUUCCUAUGUCAAAGGGCAGAGUGUUGAUGUUCAGUUUGUACCAAAGUAAGCCCUUCUUAUUUCUGAUUGGCACAUCUGAUUUACAAUUCUUCAUUCCCAAGUUACUUUGAAUAUUUUUUCUCACAGUUCCCAAGAACAUAAGCCUGUAAUUUACAUUUAUUGAGGCAUAGUGCAAUUAUGAAUGCUAUAAUCAUUGUACAUACAUCUCUCUAUAUAUAUGGCAGCAUCUUUGUUGGCUUUGUAAUCAUUACUUUUUUGGCAGAUUGAAUGUGCGGUAUUGAAAAUAUGUAUCUAUGUAAUUGUAUUGUAUGUCUAAUGGCUAAUUCUUUUUUUUUUUUGGAAGAAAAAAAUUUGUUAUCAACAUGUUUGUUUUUGUUUCCUUUUUUAAGAGGAGAAUGUACAUUUUGUGUUUUGCCAGUUUUGUUUCUCAGCAAAGAAACAUUGUUCAGCUUCAGAACUGCAUAAAGAGGAAUAUUACUAUCCAACAACAGAUCAAUUGGUAUACCAGUAGUUACACUAGGCGUUUUGUUAAAUUGACUUUUCUAUGAAAAACUGCAGACUGAAUCUGAUCUACAGGGCUAAUUGUAAUAGUUUAGUUCUUAACUGGCUUCAGGAACAGAGCACUUGUCAUAUAGGUGUGAUUACGUCACUCAUUAAUUCAUAUUCUUUUCUGUUUCAUUUCAUUUCAUUACACAGCUUCUCACUAAGUAUUGAAAUCCCUCUGUCCGCCCUCCUAAACACUCCUCACUUGACCACCAACCGCCUUUUGUAGGCAAUAUGUUUUGCGUCACAAAUACUGCUAAACCGAGUUGGGUGGCAAGCAAGUAAAGUGUUGCUUUGGGUCAGAUUUUUGAUGAAAACAAUCUUGUUAAGAGGCUAUAAUUAUCGCUUUGUUUCCCAAAAACUGAUAGAAAGUCAGUAUUGUCGUGUGUCAGACAAACGUGCAAAAGAUUACUCAUCCGUUUGGCCUAAUUAGGAUGGUACAUAUGUGGGUGCUUUCUUUUUUAAUUUCCUUUUUGUACUUAAUUUCCAUCUUUAUUGCCACAGUUUCAUUUGAAUGUACAGUAUUAUUUUCGACUUUAUUUAUGAAAUGACAACAUAAGAGAAAACACACAGUUCACGUGUACAUAUUGCCUUAUUGAAUAAGCUGUGCCUCUGAAACCCCAUGCAAGGCACCUGUGAUUUUAUGAGAAGUAAAGCUAGUGCAGCCAAUAAUGUCCCGUUGUGCAGCUGGAGGAUUGUUUGGUCUUGGCUUGGUGGUCUUUGUUACUCUGUGCUGUAAGAAGCCCUGGAGAUAGCUUUGAAGUGUAGCUCAUGUAGCUAAUAUCACAUAACUACAGGACGUUGUAAGCACAUCAUGAGUGAAUUGUAAUCAGAACACUCUUUCUAUUGAUUUCAUAAUGUUGUCACAUCCGAUUCAUGUCUUAAAAUCCAUACCACAGUGCAUUAAGGUGCAUUGAACUGCCUGAUGUGGCUAUGAUGAAACAACAGUGCCCCUACACAGCAGGAUGUGUAGAAUGUGCUCGCAAGGUGCCACAAUCUGGACUCAAAACCAUCAGCAGCCACCUGCUGAGUGUUUUUGCCACGUUUGGCUGUGUUCUGGCAUCUACCAGCCACUUUGGCAGGUAACCAGCCUGCACUCAGAGGUCCUGUUGUUUUCAGAUAUUUCAGCCGGCUGGUGAAAUUGCAUACAAGGAUGGUUGGUUUUGGCAGGCAGCAACCGCUGCAACAAGUUAAGUUCCAGUCUAAUUCACAGUGUGCUUGUAAGCAAAUGAAGGUCCUACAAUAACCACUCAUCAACAGCAGGGCCCAAUAGGAAAAAUUUAGAGCUAGUUGGUCACACAUUUUACUGAACGUUAAAAUGGUGUCCAUGUGAUUCUGCUUAUUGAUAGGGGAGAUGUUUUGAAGCUGGACUAUAGUUUCAACUUAUCAGUGUUGAUGAUCGCUUGUUGCAGACUUGCAGUAAUCAGUAACUUGUGUCCCUGCUGUUGUAAAGUGGCUAUUUACACUGUCCCUGUUACUUAAAGGGGAAAUCCUUGUUCAAACAACUCACAUACUCCAUUCAGCCCACAGAGCAGAGACCACACAGACGUUACAGAACCUGUGGUGAUCUGAGAGAUGUGACUUUUUUUUUUUUGUUUAGAUUUUGCUCACACAAAAAUGGCAGUAGGUUACAAAAGUAUAUGUUAAAUUUGAAGAAAUGUAAGAUAUUGCUUUGUGAGGUUCAUGUUCAUAUGGUGACUCUGAGUCUGUGAGUUUUGUUGAGGCUGGAUUUUCCCUUUAAGAGAGCAAAGACUGUAGCUGAUGUUGACUUGGCGACACACACACCUCUGUUGCUGUUUAAAUUUAAUGCAGUAUGUUCAAGAGCAGUUCAGUGUUGCGUAUAUUGAGAUCUGUGGGGUUGGGAAAAGUAACUUCCCGUAAACUGUUCUUUUAUUCGAGUGUCAGACACAUCAUCUGAUUGCUUUCAGCUAGCCUACUUUUGGGUUUCUUUGUCUCCAGAUCCUGAAGAUAUGAAGUUUAAUGACUAACUUUGAAAUAGUGUUAUGAUGAUCUCCAAUCAUAAUUGUGUAAAAUGUUUCCUGUAUCCAUAAAAUCGCACUCCUUCAACAUGUUUCUGAAUGAAGCAACAUGUUUCUUUUCAA